AUGACCUCAACGUACGUCGAAGAACCAGAAAUCAGAGAAGCCGAACCAAUGCUAGAACGAACAGCAUCAUCAGCCACCUCUGGUGCUGACGGAAGAGCCGUUUCGAAAGCCAAGGUUCAGUUAUCGCCGGUGAUUCUUUCGAAGAUCAUGGCUUACUCGCUGAAUCUCCCGUCAAAGAGGCCCCACCUCUACCACCACCUCCAGUUUUGAUUCAAAAGAGGAGUUGACAGCAGAAGAGCUAGAACACAUCGAACGGGUACGACGACUGGCUGAAGGUUUGGAAAUGACCUCAACGUGCGUCGAAGAACCAGAAAUCAGAGAAGCCGAACCAGAGUUCAGAGAAGCCGAACCAGAGUUUCAAAGAAGCCGAAUACCAAUGCUAGAACGAACAGCAUCAUCAGCCACCUCUGGUGCUGACGAAGAAGCCGUUUCGAAAGCCAAGGUUCAGUUAUCGCCGGUGAUUCUUUCGAAGAUCAUGGCUUACUCGCUGAAUCUCCCUGUCAAAGAGGCCCCACCUCUACACCACCUCCAGUUUUGAUUCAAAAGAGGAGUUGACAGCAGAAGAGCUAGAACACAUCGAACGGGUACGACGACUGGCUGAAGGUUUGGAAAUGACCUCAACGUACGUCGAAGAACCAGAAAUUGAAAGCCGAACCAGAGUUCAGAGAAGCCGAACCAGAGUUCAAAGAAGCCGAACCAAUGCUAGAACGAACAG